UGCCGCCCGCACUCUCUCAGACCGUUGGCUUCCUAGCUGGCCUGUUGCUAAGGCCGCCGGAUUCCGUUGCUAGGGGUCCUGGGGAUGCUGAGCACCAAGGACGCGCCGUUCCUUUCCUGGGGUCUGACUUUGGCUAGGAGUAGCCUUCGACGGCCUGAAUUGAAACCGGCCGCCUUUCCCCUCACCCACCACAACCCCCUUUAAAGAAAAAAAAAACAAACCUCUGUUUUUCUCCACUUUUUUCCUCCACGCCCUCCUCAUUUUCUAACUUUGACAACACCCUGGCCCUGAACUGGUCUUAGGUAUUUGGAAAUCUGUGGUGUUUGAAGGGGAGAGGAGUAAAAGGGAAGCAAUGCAGAAAUCAGAGUGCCAUGGAGGUGUACAGUUGAGAAACAGAGUGACAGGUAACUGUGAUCAAAGGAUAUCAUCAAGCACACAAAUAAAAAAUAGGACUACAGUUCAACGAAGCAAAUCUUCAUCAUCAACCAGUUCACCAGAGUCUACAAGAAAACAUCCUCGACCGAGUGAUAAACUUAACCCUAAAACAAUUAACCCGUUUGGUGAACAGUCACGAACUCCUUCCGCGUUUGCAGCUAUUUACUCUAAAGGAGGUAUUCCUUGCAGGUUGGUCCAUGGUUCAGUAAAACACAGGUUACAGUGGGAGUGUCCUCCUGAAAAUCUUCCAUUUGAUCCUCUUCUUAUUACUUUAGCUGAGGGUCUGAGAGAGACUAAACAUCCAUACACCUUCGUGUCAAAGGAAGGUUUUAGAGAAUUGCUUUUGGUCCAAGGUGCUGCUGACAAAGCUGUGCCUUUGCUUCCUAGACUGAUUCCUGUGCUAAAGGCAGCUCUGGCCCAUUCGGAUGAUGAAGUGUUUGAAAGAGGAUUGAAUGCUCUGGUGCAGUUAAGUGUUGUUGUUGGUCCUUCUCUAAAUGACCAUCUGAAACACCUGCUCACAAGUCUUUCCAAGAGACUAAGGGACAAGAAAUUCAAAGAGCCAAUCACCAGUGCUUUACAGAAGCUAGAGCAGCAUGGCGGAAGUGGAAGCCUUAUCAUCAUCAAAGCUAAAAUUCCAACAUACUGCUCCAUAUGCUGUUGAAAAAGAGGCCAGCAAAAAUCUUCUUACUGCCUGGUGACAGAUGUUAAACGCUGACCAUGGGGACCUGUGGAACCUUUUCAGAUUCACUUCAGUUUAUUCUUUUGUAAAUCACAGCCACCAUUCAUUAUUUACUAAUUUAAGAUAAGUAUACACAAUUCCACUAAAUCAUAGUAAAAGUUAUUCUUCAACAAAAAAGAAUGGUUAAUGAUGGAAAGCUAUUAAAAAAAGUUCUACAAUA